UGUUUACUUCCGGUAAAUUUGACAGCUUUCGCCAUCCCCCUCCUUGGCCAUUUUUGUUUUAAUUACUGAUGUCUGGUGAGCAAAACAAUCGGUGUAUUAGUAUUUAACUACUAAAUACUAUAUUCGAACCCACAGAAAGGAUGUCAUGUCUCCAUAUCCGAAGAUUAGGAAACAUAGUUGACGUGUCAUAUUUCUGUCCCCUCUUCUGAAUCUUGAAAAAAAAUAUAAUGUGGUUUAAGUUAAUUUUACUGCUGAUUUACGUAGCCGUGCUUUUUGUCUUGGCACGUGUGCUGGAGGCGGUGAGCUGGAUAGAGACGGGUGUUUUGUCACAUCGCUUGCUUGACCCUAUGACCCUAUCCGUGCUGAAGCUGAAGACACUCUUGGAGCAGAGGGGGGUCAGUUAUGAAGGAGUAGUGGAGAAACCAGAACUCAGUGAGCUUGUGGAUACCACAGGCCUGGUGACGGAGGGGGAGGUGAUUGAUGCUGGAUCGGAGGAAUCCUGUACCGCCACCAACUUCACAGGUGGGUCCCACUUCCUGGAGCAGGUGGAGGAUGCCAAGGACAGUGUUUGGCUGGUCAGAGUCAUUGCUAAGCAGUGGAAUUUCCAGCCUCCUUCUGAAAGAACAUGGACGUCUGUUAUCAACAAGGUCACAAAGUUUGGGGUUAGAGUCGGCAAUUUUCACUGCAAGACUGAUUACAGGUUCUGCCAUAUGAAAAACUGGGACUCCACUCGCUUGAUCCUUGGCUUACCCCAGAAGUUCCAGUCCAAGUCACAAGUCCAGCUCUACACUUACAGCGGCAACCACCGCCUGGCCAGCAUCAGUCAUUGGAUCAAAGACACCGUGAACAGGAAGGUCCUGGUCAUCUCCGACCCUGGCGAACUCAACAGGAACUGGAUCUCCUACACACAGGCAGAGGACCCCGAAAUUCGAAUCAUCAUGGUCUCCAAACAUUCACAAGUUCCGCUGUUUUACUCUGCACUGAGUGUACGCUUUCCUGGAAGAAUUCGUUUUGGAGUGACUUCCAAAGAAGUUUUGAUAAGAAGUAAUGCUUGGAAGAUACUUCGGGAAAAGAAAAAUUUGACAUACUUUAUUAUCACAAAAGAGAAAAUUUUUCAAUAUGGAAUGAGACCGUCUGAAUCCAUCACCUUUCAAUCCAUGGAGACAUAUUUAAAAUGUUUAUAUCCGAGUCUUAAUGAUGUAUUUAUAUUGACACUUUUUAUCUGUAAUAGUCUUACUAUUUUUGAAAUCUGUUUAAUUCAAGGUUCAUUUGUUAAGAGAAUUGUAAUGUUACUAUACUGUGCUAUUAAGUACAAUAUUGUAUUGAUUCUCCUUUGGAUGGGGCUUUUAACACUUUUCCAAAUUCCAUUUAUAGCUAAUCUUGUUCCCUACGGCCUUAGGUUGAUUCGUUUGUUUGGUAGUACUGAUACCAUGACGUUCAUUAGGGCUGAUGUUAAGUUUUAUUGUCAGCAUUUGUUACUGGUCGAGUUAUCCUUGGGCCUGUAUUUACUAUUCCUUGGGCUGUGGUUCUAUAAAGAGAGAUCUGAGGAAGAGGCUGACCAGGAAUGGAAUUUCGCACAGUUUCGUACUUUAGAGCAUCUCUUCUACCCUCUACAUCCGCGGAGCCUGAGUCACCUGGAUCGUAAUGCGUUCCUGGAGUGGAACCAACAGGAGAUUCCGUCGCUGUGGAUGGCCGCUCACAUGUCUUCUGAUUACAUUAAACUGCUGCCCACCUGGUCAUACAUUAUCAGGGACCAGAGUACAGAAUGUGCUGGAUCCAAUACACAGCCCGCAUACAGUACAACUAAUAACAGAACCGAGCAAGAUCAUCCCCCGAUACAAUCUGAUAACGUCACACCCUCUCAGUCUUACAUUACUACAGAGAGAUGUCCCCCGGCCCAGACGCGCCCUCUGUGUGUGUGGGACUAUGUGGAGUGUAGCCAGUGUGUGAUAUGUCUGGAGGACUACGAGGAAGGUGUCUUACUGUGUGGGCUUCCAUGUAAGCACAGCUUUCACCAGCGCUGUAUCGUGGUCUGGUUACAGAGAGACAACCAUUACUGUCCGGUGUGUCGAUGGCCCUCCAACAAGGCAAUGCCGGUUCAUGUUCACUCGGAGUAGAUCCUGGGACCAAACGAUGCUUGCAGUUGUUUAAUAUACAUUGUAACUCUAGUUUAUAUAUAUAUUUUGACAAAACCGAAGUCGAAUAUUAAAUCCUCCUUAUGUAUAGAACAAUCAAUCUCAGUUUAGCCUUUACUCUGGAAAGAUUGAAUGACCAAACAUAAGAAACAUCUCUUGGUUGAAUAUUAUUUAACAGAAAAUUGCUACUUGUAUUGGGUUGAUCUCUUUAAAAGUUAUAAUCAUAUUUUCUCAGUUAUAAACACUGACAUCUGGAUUUCUAAAUAUAUUUUAAUACUAUAUUUAUAUAUUGUUUUGAGCAGUUUUGACUUAUGCUGCUAGCAACAUACAUUGUAUGAUUUUCAUAACCAGGAAAUAGAAUCGUACAUCACAAAUAUUGCAACAAAGGGAGUUAAAUCCAGGUUAGAUAAAUGAUAUCGGGAUGGAGUCGGGGAAUGGGGUUAUUACAUUGUUUUGAUCUUGAACCAUCUUAUUUUUAGCACUUUACAGUAAUAUUAUGUUUACAUUUUUUGUUGACAGAAUUUAAAUGUUUUAUUUAAUUGUUUUGAUUUGGUUUGAUUUUGAAUUCAGUGUAAAGUUUAAGGGCAUAUUCCGUGACCAGUACUAGAGUGCGACUCAGGAUUGCCUCAAUCUCCAGUUAUUGUUCUCUUUUAUUCCUGUUUUUAUUUAUUUUGUUUUUUUAACUGUUAGAAAAUAUUUAUGAUAUUUAGUAAUGCCUUCUCUAGGUUUUGCAUAAGUUUCAUAUAUAGAACUGUAUGUUUUUAGUAACUUUAACAGUGAAUUUAAUAUCCAAACAAUGGGAGAAAGUUGAAGAUGUUCUGAACCAGUAUAUACCUAUGUUUUACACAUCUUAUUCAAAAGUUGUUUUUUUUUUAAUGUUGCGUCUUCAUUUUAUUUAUAUCACCAAAAAUCCACAUAUUAAAGAAAAAAAAUCUCAUAUUUUAAGCUUAUCAACACCAGUUUAUUAAGACUGAUUAAAGUUUAUUAGCCAAAGAAAAUGAUGUUGGGAAGGGGGAUUAUUUUUGCUUUUGUUUUUUUUACUAAUUUGUUACAUCAGAUUGUCCUCCUGCUAAUUGAUGUUUGAAUUCACCGGAUCAGGGGAUUAUUCUACAGUAUUUACAAUAUGGUUGUACCUUGUUUUAUGGCUGAUUUUGUUGACAAAUUUAAUCAAAUGAAUACAAAAAUAAAAAAAAAAGUAACAUCACUAAACAAGUAUUUAUUUUUUUUAUAAAAAAGAAACAUUCUGAAGAAUCACAUCUCUCUCUCUCUCUCUCUCUCUCUCUCUCUCUCUCUCU